AUUUUCGCCUUCGUUAACGUGUGGUGAAAGAUGGCUCCACGUAAAGGAAAGGUCCAGCAACAGGAACAGGUCUCCCUGGGCCCUCAGGUUGUGGAAGGUGAAAAUGUGUUUGGUGUGGCUCACAUCUUCGCAAGCUUCAAUGACACAUUUGUACAUGUUACAGAUCUUUCUGGAAAGGAGACCAUUGCCCGUGUGACUGGAGGGAUGAAGGUGAAGGCAGACAGGGAUGAGGCAUCUCCAUAUGCUGCUAUGUUGGCCGCACAGGAUGUAGCCGAGCGUUGUAAACAGCUGGGUAUUACUGCCCUGCAUAUCAAGCUGCGGGCUACUGGUGGAAACAGGACAAAAACACCUGGCCCAGGAGCUCAGUCAGCUCUCAGAGCCUUGGCCCGUUCUGGAAUGAAGAUUGGUCGAAUUGAGGAUGUCACCCCCAUUCCCUCAGACAGCACACGCAGAAAGGGUGGAAGACGUGGUCGUCGUCUGUAAACUCUGUAUACAUUUUCAGAAGGAAGUAAAAAAAAAAAAACUGACAUGCAA